AUGUCUAAGAUUCUUUCACAAAAGAUAAAGAUUGCGCUAGUCCAGUUAAGUGGGUCGUCCCCGAACAAGAAAGCUAACUUGGAAAGAGCGGCUACAUUCAUCGAUAAAGCACUUGUAGAACAACCUGAAACCAAAAUUGUGGUCCUGCCAGAAUGUUUCAACUCCCCUUACUCUGUCGAUAAAUUUAGGGAGUAUGCUGAAAUAAUUUCACCUGAAUCUGAAUCUGUUUCUUUCUUAUCAAAACUAGCUGCUAAGUAUAAGAUAACCCUAUUUGGCGGUUCAAUCCCUGAAAUUGAUCCAAAGACUGACAAAGUAUACAAUACUGCGUUAAUAUUUAACGAAACUGGUGAAUUGAUUGAUACUCACCGUAAAGUUCAUUUAUUUGAUGUCGAUAUUCCAAAUGGUAUUACUUUUAAAGAAAGCAUUACACUAUCCCCAGGUGAAAAGGAAACCACAGUGACUACACCUUUUGGUAAUGUAGGUGUCGGGAUUUGUUAUGAUAUGAGAUUCCCUGAAUUGGCAAUGAUUAGUGCUAGAAAAUAUAAUUCAUUUGCCAUGAUUUAUCCAAGUGCUUUCAACACGGUCACUGGGCCUGUACAUUGGCACCUAUUGGCUCGUGCCAGAUCUGUCGAUAAUCAAAUGUAUACUAUUCUUUGCUCUCCAGCAAGAAAUACUGAGAGUAAUUAUCAUGCGUACGGCCAUUCAUUGAUAGCUGAUCCAAAAGGUAACAUUAUUGCUGAAGCUGGGAUUGACGAAGAGAUUGUUUAUGCUGAACUAAAUCCAGAAGCUAUUGAUGAUUUUAGAAUGUCUGUUCCUUUGUACAAGCAAAGGAGAUUUGACGUGUACCCUGACGUCAGUAAAUAG